GAGCACGGACCAGCCGCACUCAGCCCCACCUCAGCGAGGGUAUGAUUCUAUGGAAGAGCUGUUAGCAAUACACAACCAGCUGAGUCACACAAACUCACAUAACAACACGUCCGACCUAGCUCCCAUGGAGUCCAAUGUUUCUAACGUAUCUAUGGGUGGUAACAACCUCGAUGCAUUCAGUCAGCGGGAGACUGUGUUCAAUGUGGACACCCAGGGCUUCGGAUCAACCCUGUUCCCACAGAAUUCACUUUUCGACGGCUCCGACUCGAAUCUGAAUGUGUACAAUGGACAGGCAACCCACAACAACACACACAACAACAUGAGUCAUCGGCACAGCGGAGGCACCUCCCCUGCCACCUCAAGGGAUCGGUUGAAUGUGUCUCCGGGUCCUACCUCACUGUUUGGCUUUAUGGAAGGCCAGUCCAUGAACCAUAUGAAUGGGGUGAGCAGCAUGCAGAGCACCCCCAUCCAAGACAACUACCUGUUCAACAACAGCAUGAGCAACUACGUAUCGCCACAGUUCCCGUCACUGCUAUUACCGUUCACUCAUCCGCAGCAGUCGACGGGUGCAGAUGGCGCUUCAGCACUCCACACACAAAAUUUCCAACAACAGCAACAACAACAACAGCAUUACGCUCAGCAAAAUCAACACCAGCAGCUGCUGCCAUUAAACGCUCUCACACAAGCACAAGGCCACUCACAGCCUCCACAACAAACAAUGCACCAACGGCAACAGCAGCAGCUCAAGCCCAAACAACAGCCGCUACAGCCCCAGCCCAAUCAACCCAGCCAAAUAGGCCAGUUCCAACAGCCACAGCCACAACCACAGGCAACCACACAGCAAGCGACACAGGCGAAGCAGGCACACCCCCCCACACCACAGGAACAACCCCAAAGCCAGCCACAGGGACAAGCACAGGCGCAGGUGAACACGCAGCUACAGGAGAAGACGCAGCCAGCCAAACGAGGCAACAAGACCGUACAGCCACGGCUGUUCAAGACAGCAAGCGCUAACAAUAUUGCGUUGAAGCCCUAUCCCUCGAGUGGCAAGAAAACGACGGGCAGUAACGCCACAGCCACCGGCACCCCCACACUGGGCCCGGGAGACUCCCCGGCCAUCAAGCCUGCACCGCGCAAAAUACACAAAACCACCACCUCACAACCGAGCACCCCCUACCAACGGUUGCUUAGCAACUCAAUGUUCGACAUGCAAACGCCCUUCCUGACGUCCACGCUCAUCAGCCCCAUGCUACCCCCUUUGGACUUGGCAAGCUCCGCCGCACCGGCUGUGGCCACCAAAUCCAACUACGACAUGCUCGUCGACGGCAACGGAGCAGCGCUGGGGCACUCGGCCGAUCUGAUUGAAAGUGUCAAGGAACGCCGCGACACCAACAAAGUAUCAGAGCGCAGACGACGCGAUGACUUGCGAGCGGCUUUCCACGAGUUAAGGGUGAAGGUGCCGGCACUCAGAGAUGUGUCAUCGCAGGUGGUCAGCAAGGUGGUGGUGCUGAAGAAAGCUACGGACAGGAUAAGUGAGCUCGAAGACAUAAUAGCCAAUCUGCAGAAGAAGGCACAAGCGAACCAAACACCCGCCACAGAGAACUCAGACACCGAAUUAUUACCGGAAACGGCUCAGAGUAGUACGUUAGAGGCGUCAGCAGAUAAUGAUGCUAAGCAGCACGCACAAGACAACCAGACGGCGCAUGGCCAGGACGACGACUCGGGCGAAACCCAGAUGCUGGGCACGGGUUGAUGGAAGUACAAGUCACAUUAGCAGAUUAAUAUUAAACGCUUAAAAUAGAUAGGCACGUGAUCAGAUUAAAAUAAAAUUAAACGUUUUAAC